CAGUAUCAGUGUAUAGGUUAUGAUAUUGGAAAGUAGAAAAUUUGAUUUCACAGAACUUGAGUCUCUGUUUUGAAAUAUAAUAGAGGUUAAUUGUAAAUAUUUCGAAAGUUCUGAGUAUAGUUAGUUUGAAUGUACUGAAGUAAUGUUAAAAUGGAUAAACAGUCGUCUCUAAUUUUACCCAAAGAAGUGGAAGGCAAUGGCAUUAAAAAAGAUAUAUUUCAAGAAAAAUCCAAGAAAGGAUUAAACAGUAUUAGGGCUAUCAUAUUUUUAUUAUUGUGGUAUUUCUUUAGUGGUUGUACAUUGUUUUUGAACAAAUAUAUUUUAGCCUAUCAGAAUGGAAAUCCUGCAGUAUUAGGUGCUUGUCAGAUGCUAAUGACUGCCGCGUGUGGGUUCAUCCAGCUCUAUUUUCCUUGUGGAAUGUACAAACCUUCACAGCGGUUGAGUAAACCACCCGGUUUUUACAAGCACAUGGUUUUGGUAGGGUGUUUUAGGUUUCUUACGGUUGUUCUAGGGUUGAUAGCUUUNUUUUAUCACCCCUCAAUGACUUUUUAUCACCCCUCAAUGACUUUUUAUCAUCCUUCAAUGGCUUUUUAUCACCCCGUAAUGACUUUUUUAUCACCCCUUGGAGAACAGACGGGUCUCUAUGUAAAUCUAAGUCUUCUUCCCGUGAUGUCAGGGCUGGCCCUGUGUUCUGUGAACGAAGUCAGCUUUGAAAUAACAGGAUUUAUUGCUGCAAUGGCCACUAAUGUCACUGAGUGCAUACAGAAUGUCUACUCUAAAAUGUUGAUAUCUGGUGAUAAAUUCAAGUAUACACCAGCAGAACUUCAAUUCUAUACCAGUGUUGCCAGUAUAGUCGUGCAAAUUCCUACAACUUUACUUAUGGUUGAUAUGGCAACGGGCGACAAAAUUGGCCCCAAACUAAUAUUUUGCUUCAUCUUGAAUGGUGUUUUUUUCCACUUCCAAAGUAUCACAGCUUACGUGCUGAUGGACUACAUUAGUCCAGUGACACAUAGUGUGGCUAAUACGGCGAAGAGGGCAUUCCUGAUUUGGCUCUCUAUCCUAAUGUUUGGAAACCCAGUAACCGUGCUGAGUGGUCUGGGUACUAUAACGGUGAUAGUUGGAGUACUGCUGUAUAUAAAAGCACAAGAAUAUGAUAAUAAUGAUAGGUCAAGUUCAGCAAAUCUGAUUCAUAGAAAAGUUAGGGCAAUAUAGCAUAUUUAAUAUC